AUGCCUCCAUCGAGGAAUCGGGUCUCGGUUGCCACGGCCAGAUUCAUACCAGUAUUUCUCGUGGCAAUCGUCGUUUACGCAUCUUACACGGUGGUUGGACCCCUCAGCAUCGACUAUCUAAUCAACGAUCCAAACGACGCCGACAUUGAUCGGAAACAACGACUGACAGCUGGAUUGGCCAUACCGAUCGUCUAUUUUGUGCUACUUAUUCCAGUCGCGAUAGCAUGGCUCAGACUACUUGUCACCGUGUUGCGCGAUCCUGGAUAUGUACCUCUAGGCGCCGAGGAGAAGAUCGAACGCCCAAGUAUUCUUCAGCCUCAGCCUGGACUUGAGGCGUUCUGGAUGCGGGAUGUCUUUGUAUGCGACCCUAAUGGACUGCCGAUCUGGUGCGAUUAUUGCCACACUUGGAAGCCCGACCGUGCUCAUCACAAUCAAGAUGUUGGAAGGUGCACGCGAAAGAUGGAUCACUUCUGUCCAUGGGUUGGUGGUGUCGUGGGAGAACGGUCCUUCAAGUUCUUCAUCCAGUUCUUGUUCUAUACAAUGAUCUUGACCGGAUACCUCACAGGCGUCUUUGGAUUCUAUGUCUCCAAGUCCAAGCAUAAUGUCCACUGGUUCGUUGUUCUGGGGCUGGCUGGCUUCUUUUGCCUCUUCUCCGCCGGUAUGGUCAUGAAUAGUAUGAACAUGGUUUUCAAGAACACAACAACGAUCGAGAUGAUCAGGGGCAGAAUGUUACCGUCAAGGCAUGAAUCAGCAUCUCCAGCAUCGAAGCUAUACAAAGGCACUAUCACAUACCCGCUGCACCUUCCAACAGACAGGCCACCGAUACCUGCACCCGUUCCUCGAACAUUUGCUAUUCUGGAAGCGCCCCGAGGCUUGAAUCCAUGGAAUCUUGGCAGCGCAUGGCUCAACUUCAAAGCAGUCUUCGGAUCCGAGCCACACGAAUGGGUGCUGCCGUUCAGGCACUCGCCUUGCUGCGAUCACACAUCACAGAUAUCCGAAUUUCCGCUGGGACCGGAAUUCGAAGUUCUAUUGAGCGAUGCCGGCCUAGUCCGACCGCCGACCCCGAGACGAGAGCGACGGCCUAGUAACACCCCGAGCCGGAGGAAGAAGCGAAGGCUCGACGCUGGAUGGCAGGACGGCGAGAGACCAGAUGGCUGGGUGAGUGAAAAGGAGGCUCGUCGCAUCAGAAACGAGUGGCGAAGAAGACAGAAGCAGAGUAGAGAUGACCAAGUGCCUUAAAACUGACCUCAGAAUUUGCUGGAUGUUCCGAAGUGCUACAGAUAUGGAUCUGGAUGCGAACGGUUGGACCUAACUAUCCCACUAAGCAUGUGCGCAAUAUGCAAUUGACGCCUUUGCCCUACCGCGCGCAGUGAAGUGCCGGGAGAACGGAAAAGAAGAACGCCAUGUACUGUUAACUAUCUAUUCCUACGCCUUGCAACAACCAGAGACCUCAGGCGACAGAAUUGGAAGUGACCUCCGUCACGCCAAAGCCAAGAUCUGAAACGAACGCUAAGUCGAGCCGCCAAGACAACACCCUUCGACAUCAACAUCAUCUAUCUCUACAACAUGGUCUGCCCAGAAGCAUUAGCACAGGCCAGAAAUCAUAUUGUGAUACGGUAACCUACCAUAAGCUCGAAGAAAGAUGUGGCUUUAUUCUGAGUAGACCUUGCAGUAGGCGCACUUGGUAUGGCCACAGAUCGAGCAUCUAUAUCCAACCACCGCUGGAUUCAUGGUAUUUUGGCAGUUCGAACAGAUCCUUGUCACGAUCAGCACCCUAAUAUCUGGAGAGGUAUCCUGCCACUUACCACCACCCUCGCAUGUUUUGACGAGCCAUCCAAACUCUUCCGUCCUGACGAGCCUGAUCAACGUCGUGGACCUGCUGCUGGGGAACUGCAGCGGUAGUGCUACGUCGAUCGGCAGCGGAAGCCAUGUUGUUGAUAACUUGUGUCUGGCCCUUCAUGAUGACUUGCACCACUGUCGAUAAGUGACCAAGGUGUAGAAUGUGGGUCUCCUGGUCU